UUUCAGAAUAGUUACUCCAUCAGAGUACACUGAUAAAUUAAUUGUUUAUAUAAAAGACUAUGACUUUGGCCUUGUUGAAGUCUGCUUAAACCAGUUUGGAUUUAUUUAUUUUGACAAGAUUAUUGAUGGAAUAUACACGUUCGAGAAACCCAGUGGCAUCUCAGGUCAGCUUUCUUUUCACCAGCUGCAAGAAAUCAAAAGACAUUGUAAUGGAAAGAUUGAAGACAUCGAACAAAGUCGCUACAUGUUUCCCGCAGUGCCGCAGAAGAAGCAUGCAGACGGGAAUCACAGGCAUUCAUCGGAGAUGCUAAAGUGCUCAUCCUUUUACCACAAAUAUAUGCGCGUUUCGGAAGCCUGGCAAAACGGUUACAGUGGCAGAAAUAUUAGAAUCGGGAUGAUCGAUGUUGGUUUUAUUCAUUCACCAUCUGUUCGACAACAUGUUCAUGUUUCCAUGUCACACGACUUUCAUCCCAAUCGCAGUAAAAGAAGAGGAAUCCCAACCGAACAUAUUUCUCAAGAAUUCUGCCUCUUUUGUGACGUAGGGGUUGCUUUUAACGCGCAGUACGCAGACCUGCAUAUUGGCGAUGUAGGAACUUCUGACCAUGCAGCAUUUACGGACGUGGAAACUUUUGCUAAAGCUUUAGUUUACAAGCAACACCUUAUUGAUAUUUAUGUAUGUGAAUGGACAUUCAACUUUGAACUAGACGAGUUUGAUUUUGCCAUACAAUCUGCAAUAAAGAGUGGAGUAAAAGAGGGUCGUCGUGGACUGGGGUCUGUUUAUGUUCUCCCAGCCGGAUACCCGGGUGAUGGUUUUCUCCACGACACAUACGUUAUUUCAGUUGGAUCAAUCGAUGAUUUCACCAAAGAUUUCAACGCAACUGCAAUUAAUUCAGCCACUCUCGUUUCGGUUUUUGUGGGAGACAGAGGAAGUGAACCGCCUUGCUUUGGACCACUAUCAGCACCUGGUAUUGUUGCGGGAAUGAUAGCAUUUAUGCUUGAAGCUAAACCUCAGUUGUCAUUACGAGAUGUCAAACAUAUUUUGAUCGAGUCCUCAACGCAUAGAGGAUUGGUCAGUGCACAUAAGUUUGAACAGAACGGAGCAGGGAAAUCAUUUCACCCGGUAUUUGGAUUCGGAUAUCCGAAUGCAGUUAAAAUGGUGGAACUUGCCAAGUCAUGGAAAGAGCUUCCAACACAAUAUAUGUUGCAAUACAUUACUUCGACUAGAGAGUCCAAUUCCAGAGGCGAAACACUUGAAUUCGCAGUAAACUGCAAUAGAAAGUUAUGUAUCAAAGAAAUAGAGCAGGUUGUCGUCCAAGUGCGCAAUGUUACAUCCAACAGAGGCGCCCUCAUCCGGCUCAAAUCGCCAAUGGGUACCGUAUCAACUAUGUAUGUCUCGACUGCAAUUCCCAGCGAGAGGCAGUUUGUAUUAACGAAAAGAGAUUUCUUAUCAUCUCAUUUUUGGGGCGAGUGCAGUGUCGGAAAGUGGUUAUUGUAUUGCGAAGAAUGUUGGUUGUUGUCGGCUAAACUAGUGAUUCAUGGCAAAAAGGGUGGAUUGGACAAAAGUUUCUUAUGUGAUUCAGUUCAGCUCGACGGUGUUAUGGAUAAAAGUAUCGGGGAAAUGGACAGUGAAACACGUGGUCUUUUUGGAUUGAUUUUCUUCUUUGUAAUUCUUGUGUCAUUUUGUUGUAUAUAUCGUAAAAGCCGAAUGCCAUCGAAUCAGAAAAAAAGUUAAUUUAUUCAAAUAAAAAUUAUUAUAUUUUUACAUAUUGGAACAAUACUUACUUAUGGAUAAAUUGUGACAUCUGAGAAAAGAAAAUGCAUUUUUUUUAUCUUUUUUUUAACAUUUAUGUCUGUAAAGUAAUGCCAUCAACAGUAUUUACUGUUCGUUUUUUUAUCUUGAUUGAUUUACUUUUAUGUAUAUCUUAAAAUAAUAAUACCAGUAGUACUUGAAACAGUGACUUAAGAUAAAAAGUGUGUAAUGCCUGACUAUUAUAUAAAUAAUAAUUAUAUGUAGAUAAGCAUAAUCAGCGCAUCGUAACAUUACACAGAUACAAAGACACACACACACAUACAAUAAAUACAUGCCUUAUUACAUUAUAAUGCUUUUAAAAUGAAUAAAACGUGUUUUGCUCACCUAAGCACAAAAUACUCAGCGUGAGCUUUAGUGAAAGGUUGAUUGUACGUCGUCGACCGUCGUCAACAUUUUCUUUCAACAACUUCUCCUCCUAAGCCACUUGAACAAUUUCAACUAAUCUUCAUAGGAGUGUUCCUAUUCCAGAUUACUUUAAAAAGUGGUUUCAUACAAACUUCUUCUCAGAAACCGCUGGCCUGAUGUUAAAUUACGUUCACAGAAUUGUUACUAGGUGAUCCGCUAUCGAAUUCCUUCGCCCAUGUUGAUUUGUAAAAAAACAUGGCCGCCAGGGGCGGGGGUAUUUUUCACUGUAUGUCUUAAUGAAAAUCUUCUCUUCAGAAAAAAUGAGCCCGAUUUCAAAAUAAUUUCAUUGAAAUGUUCCAAAGAUGACCCUUUGUCAAAUUCCUUCACCCCAUGCUGAUUAAUAAAAAAAAAGGUUUCCAGGAGCGUGUCUAGAUACCACUAUAUGUAUUUAUGGAUAUCUUUGAAUAUCUUUUCUGCAAAAGCCAUAGAUUUCAAAAUAAGUUCACAGAUAUGUUUCUUAGAUGCCCAUAUAUCAAAUUCUUCAACCCAUUGGGAUUCAUAAAAGGCGGGACUAGUUUUCACUAUACAUGCAUGUAUUUAUGGAACUUUUUGAAAAUCUUCUCUUCAGAAACAACUCGCCGGAUUUCAUAAUAAUAAUAAUAAUAAUAAUAAUAAUAAUAAUGAUAAUUUUGAUGAAAGGGUCACAUGAAAAUGUUUUUAUGUGACCCUUCUGUCAAAAUGAUCAUUAUCAUUAUUAUCAUAAUUACUACUACUACUACUACUACUACUACUACUACUACUACUACUAACAUUAUUAUUAUUAGUAGUAGUAUUUACAUAUUUUUCACGAUUUUAUACACCCGUUAAGAAACGGGACAUAUUAAAGUUUGACCCUCGUCGUACGAGCGUGUGGGCGUUAGGUCGGUCGGCAGUAUGUUGUUCUAUCAAUAACUUUAAAAUCAUAUGUUUAACCAGGUGAGCUAUAUAUGGUCAUUUAGUUUAAUUCCAUUAUACACCUUUUUUGAUGUUUCUUUAUAAAAUACACAAAACAUCAACGAUGUUAACCACAUAUCAUGAGUGUAGGAUGAUUGACAUGAAAGUAAGAAUGUUCCAUAAAUUAUUUAAUACAGAAACGAUGUUAAUUUCGAAAAGUGGUUAUGAAAAAGCAAUAUUGAAUUAAUAGAGAAGCAUAAUACGUGUAGAACACAGACAAAUCAUUUGUGAGAGAAAAACAACAAUGUAAAAUGUUGCUAUAAAACAUUAUACAAAAAAAUCAUGUAAGUAGGGAUUUCAAUUCAUGAAUAAAACCAUAAACACACUGAUAAAACAGAAUCAUUUCCACUAGGCAGGUUUCAUCAUAUUGCAUAUAUCCUUAGUGCGAGAAAUCUCGCAGUUCGUUGCUCCUUUGUAAACAAGGCAUAAAAUGUUACUUCUAUUGUUCUAAUCAUAGAAUUAUGGGGCAAUAAUUGCUUCUUUAGUUAGAAUAUAUUUAACAAUUUAAAAAAGAUUUUAAAUGCGAGAAAUAUCUUGAAAUUAAUAUGAAUAAUAAAUGAUUAUGGUUUUGCAUAUGUAAUUAAUAACCCAAAUAGUGUACAUGUUAAUAUAUUUAUAAACGAAUUUAUAUGUAGAAUUAUAGAUACAUUUGAACAUGAAUGGUAUGAAAUUAUUAGUAAUAGUUCUGUUUCAGAUAU